AAGCCAUCGAGAACAAGGCCUGUGUGAACUUUUAUCUAGGAUAGAAACAAUGUUGCUAUGCGGUUGGUAAGACAAGAAAUGCGGAGAUGUAAUGUGGGUGUGGAACUUUGAUUUGGAUCAAUCGUAUGCUGACAGCCGCUUCACUGAAGCUCCUUUCGGCAAUUUAGAAGAUCAAAAAUGGGGGUAAUGAUGACGAACGCCCUGAAUAAUUGCAGCGUGCUCGAUGCUUAAAUUUCGCAAGUUAGCCACAUAACCUUCAAGUCUUCACUCUGAUCUGAAAGUGCUGGAAUAGAAAAUGGAAGCUCCUUUAAGGUAGUGCUUACUCCACUGCUAUUUGCUGGUGGAAUUUACGUGUCAGCACUAAGGCAGCUACUCCCAUCAGUAUAAAGCGAGAAGAAUUGUUGCGGGAGCUUGCACAUCACAGAAGAAGAAAGAUGAAGGCUGCAAUGAAGUACGUUUUUGCUCUGGGAUUCCUUGUGGUUCUGGGGAUUUCCUGCUUGAAUGGAGCAGAUGGAGCUGGAGAAUGUGGAAGAUCUUCUCCAGACAUGGAAGCUAUGAAGCUGAUUCCUUGUGCAGAAGCAGCACAAGAUGCAAAUGCUCCAGUUUCUAGCGGCUGCUGUGCUCAGGUGAAGAAGCUGGGCCAGAAUCCAAAAUGCCUCUGCGCUGUGAUGCUCUCUGACACGGCUAAAAAUUCUGGGGUCAAGCCAGAAAUUGCCGUAACCAUUCCCAAGCGCUGCAAUCUGGCUGAUCGUCCUGUGGGCUACAAGUGCGGGGCUUACACAUUGCCUUGAAGUCUUGAAGAUGGAAGAAUGAAGACUGCCAGCCAUAACGUUCCGCGUAUGAACUACAUCUGCUUUGGGUAGCAUGCAUGUAUAAAACACUUUCUGGCUAGUUUGUCUAGAAAAUAGCCUAUGUUAUGUCUGAGGCAUAUGUAUGAUUAAUGAUAAUCUAUGUCAUGUUUGGGCUUAUGUUUAAUAAUAACCGGUCCAAACACCUCCUCUGGUGUUUGUAGCAAAGCUCAUGC